AUGGCUGUGUUUUUAGUUAGAACGAAGGCAUUUGAGGGACAAGUUGAAAUGGCAGACAAUACUACAGAUGAUCUGGGCUGGGAUGAAGGAAUAGAUUGGAUUGCUGAUAGCAGAUGGAUACGACAAGCCGAUACUACGGUGAUAAGUGACAUUUAUCGGGCUUUAUCGGCUCUCCUUUUAGUUUUAGUAGUUCUUACUAUUUACUCAGACGGUUUAGUGCGGAUGGUUAGUGACGGUGAGAAACACUACUAG